GACUGCGCCGGCCGCGCCAUGGACGAGCCGGCCAAGAAGACCUCUGGACGAAGGACCGUGGGCUCGCAAGGUUCAGGCAGAGGGGCGCGCGUCCUGGCGAAGCUAGUGCGGCCGAGGCGGGCAUGGAGGCCGCCAGCGCGGGCACCUGGGCGGACGCCCUGGCGGACAUUAGCGGUGACAAAGGCAGCUUGAAGCGGCGGCGCCACUCCAGUGAUAAGGUUGGGGCGCCACAGAAGGCCCGGCGCAGGUGCAGCCCCCGCGGGGCGGGCGCCGAGGCCCCGCCGGCCAGGGGAGCCCCGGCGGCCGCCGCCGAGGCGGGCGCGGGGCUGGGCGAGCUCCCGGCGUCCCCGAAGCGCAGCCUCGCCACGCUGGCCAGCCCGCGCCGGAAGCCCGCCACACCGCAGCCAGCCCGAGGCCCCGCGGACGCGGCCGCCGCAGGCCGCGCGUCCUCCUCCGCGGCGGCGCCGGCCGCCGCCGCCGCCGCCGCCGCCGCCGGGGCGCUGCCCCUGUCGGCGCUGGCGGGGGGGCCGUACUUCACCGUCGCCGCGUAUCUUGAGUCCAAAGACUUGUGCCACCUCGACUCGGCGAGCAGACUUCUCAGCACGCUGAACGGGCUCCCAGCGGGGCCUUGGCGUACGAUCGGUCAGCGCGAGUUCCUCGGCAUGGAGCUGGAGAUCGGCGGGGACUUCCACCUUCACGAGCAGCCUCGCAGUAUGGCCUCGGGCAAGUGGAAGGAGCAGUACAAGCUGUUCCAUCGCGAGGUCGGUACUUUCAGCGCUCCCUUCACGGGGUCCAGUAUCCAAGACAUUUCGCGUAGCUUAUUGUCGGUGUCGCAUCCGCACCGACCUGCUAGCUGA